AUGUCGGCUCGCUCCUCCUUCGACCGCGGGUCCGCCGCGUCCUUGCAUGCUGCGAAUGAGCUCGCCGAGCAUGUAGAUUUGCCAACCCCAAUCGACGGAUCUUUUGGUGUCAAGGCAGUGGAAGGAAUGCAAGCCAUCGGAGCGCACGAGAAGCUGCCCAAGCACGCUCAUGUGAUCAAAGACAAGCGUACCGGCCAACACUACGUCAAGCCGCUCAAAUUCAGCUUAGCAAAGGCCAAGCAAGCGCCCAAAACCGAGCGCCACGAAUUUGUGAGUGGCGCGACGGCCAAUCGUCCUUGGUGCUUGACCACCCUGGCGACGGAUGAGCUGACGCAAAAUAAUCUCACGCCGUGCCUUGCAGAGCCAUCCCGUUGGUCUGUCGCAGGCCUUUUCAACGUCCAAGGCACCCAGUCGUGUAUCGCACGAGUCCAACCGCGUAGGCAGUGUUCCGGCGCACACCGAUGCGGGCACAGCUCUUUUGUUGGACCAGCUUCGCAACAUUGUCCGUCAAGAAGUGACAUUCGCACACCAAGGCCACAAGGAGCAGGUUGAGCAGAUCGCUGUCAACACGCAGGAACUUCAGAGCCAACUUCGCGCCAUCGAUCAGAGCGAUCAACUCGGCGUCAACACGACGGAUUCCAAAUCUCGAAAUGGAAGUGCCACGACGGAUGGCAAGACUAGUUUUGCGGAUGCUCCUCUGCCCCAAGUCGCUGCAAGAGGUGGCAUGAACGCUGCGAUCAUCGACGAGGAUGAGGAGGAUGAGGACGAAUUUCCAAAUCUUUGGGCCAAGUGGCGUUACCACGUAAGCGAUGAAUGGUAGCAGACUUGCCGUAUUCACCCCCUGACCCUUUCGAACCCUCUCGCCUGCCGCGUCCCAGCUUCGCGAGCCCUUUGCAGAGUUUCUGGGCACUGCAGUUCUCAUGAUAUUUGGAAACGGCAUCAACGUGCAAGUCACGGUCAGCAAGCUUUACGAUGCAUCCGACGCAAAGGGAGACUAUCUAUCCAUCAGCUUCGGUUGGGGUCUCGGUGUCCUUUUCGGCGUGACGCUCGCAGGGGGUAUUUCGGGAGGACACAUCAACCCAGCACUUACACUCGCGCUGGCCGUUUGGAGACGCUUUCCGUGGCGCAAAGUACCCGUGUAUAUUUGCGCGCAAAUGGCAGGUGCGCUCGUCGGCAGCCUGAUGAUAUACGGCCUUUACGUCGUGCCCAUUCGAAUCGUCGAUCCCAUGCAAACGGAAACGACUGCCGCGCUCUUCACCACGUACCCGGCCGAGUUCUUGCGCACCCAGUCUACCCGCAUCACCACCUUUUACAACGAGGUGUUUGCCACUGCUGUCCUCGCAGCUGUCGUCUUUGCUCUGGGAGACAGCAACAACACGCCACCGCCCGAAGGCAUGGCUCCUUUGAUAUUGAUGUGGCGUGAGUAGCUUUGUUGGACCGAGAUCGAGCAUCAGUGGCACUGUUGCUCACUUUGUCUCCCUCAUCCUCCAUUCAAAGUGAUCAUGGCUAUCGGUGCUACUCUCGGCUGGCAGAGCGCUUACUGUGUCAAUCCUGCUCGUGAUUGGGGACCUCGCAUGAUGCUCAGCAUGGUCGGCUACGAAGGUCUCUGGUCCUUCAACGCCGGUUACUUUGCCUGGACUCCUCUUCUCGCCACAGUAGUCGGUGCUCAAGUCGGUGCUUUCCUUUACGACGCAUUGAUCUAUACAGGCGGUGACAGUCCUCUCAAUCGACCCUGGCGAUGGAAUAGAGUCAAGUGGCCCAGCACCAGUCGACACCAGCUUCCCGCUUCGGUCUCAUGA